AUGACGGAUCAAAUUUCUGGAGCAAUAUUGACCACCCAUCUGAUUUCAGGGGCGUAUGCCAACCCUACCGCAUACGAGCAGACUCUACUCGAUAACGGCUCAUCGAUCAUUGCGGUUACAGUUGAACCUUCCCCAUCGCUCCUACUUGAAAUACCCGCCAGCGAUACCCUUCGACCGACCACCACAACCAAGCCACCUCGUACUACUCGAACCUCACGUCCCAAUCCUACCCGCAACGGCAAAUCCAAAUCAAGAAUAGGGAGUGGCGCAAUCGCCGGCAUAGCAAUAGGAGUCAUCAUCAUCCUCGCCCUCAUCAUAGGCGGAUGGUACUUCUGGCGACGCAAGAAGCGGAGGGCGCUGCCACCCACUACUACCCUUACCGACGACGAACUAGCAAGACGAGAAGGUGACGGCGAUAAGAUGGUGCUUGGUGCAGACCAGUCCGCCCCUACGGCUGGCGCAUACCAAACACAAUACCAGGAAAUGUCGGGCAACGGCCUCACGCAGGAACUAGAUCGGUCGCACUCAUACAAAUACGCUAUGGGAGGAGCGCAGGAGCUCAGGGCUGAGGAUCAACCGGGGGAGUUGCCGUAUAAUGGGAUGGAAGAACAUGGGCGGACGAAUGAGACUGGGUUCGUCGGAAGGGACGAUGGAGGUGAUGGUAGGAAUGCGGAGACAAUACCGAUACCAGGAGCGAAUAACGCGACGUCACAAGUCUCGCCACAUGUGGAAGCGCAGCGGAAGAGAGAGGUGGAGUGGUUGGAGAUGGAAGAGACGAGGAUGCGGCAGCGGAGAGAAGCACUAUUGCAACAGGGUGGUGGUCAACACACGUAA